AUGUCUGGAAACGUCCAAAAGGAUUCUGGUAGUAUUCUCUGUGACAUGUGUACAGAGGAGGACAGGAAACCAGCACGGAAGACCUGCAUGAAAUGUGAGAUCUCCAUGUGCGUCCAGCACCUGCAGGCCCACCUGACCACCCCUGUGUUGCUGCAGACUCACCCUCUGACUGAGCCCAUGGCUAUAGAUGGGAACACAAAAUGUCCCCAGCAUGGUAAACUCCUGGAGUACUACUGCUUGGAUGACAUGACCUGCGUGUGUGUUUCCUGUGCCAUUGAAGACCAGCACCGCAUACACAACAUGAAGACCUUCUUCACCGCCCACAGAGAGCUCAUGGAGAAACUCAAAGCUGAGCAGCAGGUCUUACAGGAGAAAACCGAUGACCAGAACCUGAGUCUGGAAAAGUGGGAGCAGAGUGAAAGAGAGAAGCUGGGUCGCAGUGGUGUGCGUCUUAUUGAGGCUGUGACUAACCUGCGGGACGUUUCUCUGACCAGCGUCCAAAGUUCAGUCUCUGCUCGUAUGGUGGCCAUCAGAACCAGCAAGAGCAGCAUAGAAGCAGCCCAGAAGGAGAAGGACACCUUCAGAUUUCUGCAGAUGUACUCUCAGGUGAACCAGGAUGUGGAGAAAGCCAAAGCUGUGGAUCUGAGGAAAGGGUUGGAGCCGGGAAGUCACCGUGACAAGCUAGUUCAGGAGAUAAGACAGAAGGGUGAUAAGAUAACAAAGCACACGUCUGACUUGAUAGGAUCGUUGUUGAUUCUGGUUGACCCUGAACACCACCAGGAGCUCAAGGCUACUAGUUCAGACCUGAUGUUUGAACCACAGAGUUUAAGUUCCUCCAUGUCACUUUCCGAAGACAAAAGGAAGGUUUUCUACAAUAGCUGGCUGGGUCAAUGCUCUGCCACGCUUCUGAUCUGUAGUUCUCUCUCCACUCCCAACUACCAGAGAUGGGUCAUCAAUCUCACCAACAAGUCUGACUGGAUGAUCGGUCUGUGCGAUAAGCAAUCUUCAAAUAACCCAAAGAAUGGACCUGUCUUUGGACUGUCCUGUGAAGAUAACAAACUCAGCUCUGUUACAACAGAGUAUGACCAUGGUCCUGAUCCAUCAUCCAGUUCAGGAGGCUUCAGGAAACAGAAUUCAGGCAUGAACACGUCACAGGAAAAAUUCACGGUUCUCUCUAAAUCCCUCACAGAUCUGGAUGAGGAACCACAACCUGAAACAGUAGAAGUGUUUUGGAAUUUUGUGUCCUCCAACUUGUCCUUUUUCAGCCGAACUGGACGAUACCAGAGGGAAGAAAUCAUCACAAUUGAGGCAGGUGUCAACAACUGGGACCUUGUCCCCUUUGUGCAGCUGUGGAAGGAAAACAUCCAAAAAUGA